AUGCUGCUGUUCUCGACCGCUGACGGCCAAUGCCUUCCUCCGUCCGGCUCUUGCCCUGGGGCUGUCCCGAUUGGGAAGUCUGUCGUGCCCGGCAGUGCUGUUGCGAUCGUCAAAGCUGCUCCCACUCUUUCCACUGCGGCUGCCCAAUCUGGAGAGGUCAGCCUGACCGUUCCUUGUCAGCCGCUCUCCUCUGUUGCCGAUCUCACUGUGCUGCCCAAUCCCUACCAACAGAUGGUGCGAAAAACGACCGCCGCUAUCGUCAUCCUUUCUUCCUUGAUCACCUAUGUUUCUGUCAACAGUCUAAUUCGGGCGAUCAAUCCUGCGGCAUUCAUCUGGUACGACGAGGACAACGACGAGUCGCGCUGGAUCGCCUCGUCUCGUUCGUGGUUUGAUCGGAAAGCUUGUCGGUGGCUCGGAGCUUGCGGCACCGCGCACUUCCGGCUGGUGCGCCCCUACUUCGGCCAGCGGAGGCCCGCCCCGGAGGCCCCAAUUUCGGGGGACCCGGCCGGAUCGGCGUCCUGGCGGGCCUUCUGGCUCAAUGGGGCCAACCAGUCGGACUAUUCGUGGGAUGAGACGGAGCGACCUCGCCGGGAGAUCCCCAACUAUGUUUUCCAGUACGCGCCUUUGGUCCAUCUGUUCUCGGGCGAACAAUUCUGGCCUUGCGAUAUCGCCGAGCAUCUCUACCACACCACGCCGAUGCUGAACUACACCCCCGUCCAGUCGCGAUGGGACCACCCGACGCUCCAGGAUCUUGACCAGCUGAAUCAGUGGCAGGAAGGGCACUACGUCUUUCUGACCAGCGACGACAAUGUCGAAGAUCGUCCGCCGUGGAUCGAGGGAGAGAAAAACAUCCCCAGUUCACCCGAGGAUGACUUGGAGCAGUCCUGGGCCGACUGGGACGGUCGUGUGGACGGGGAAAUCCCCGGCGACUCGCCGGCGGAACGAGCCAAAUGGUACGACACGAACACGCUUCCGACGAGCGAAGAAGACAUCGCCCCGGAAGACAUGGGCUACUUGUCUGCUGAGGAUCCUCUGGCCGAUGAGGGAGUCCGGAAUGAUCUGCGAAAGCGCUACGGCGGGGAACCGGUUCGCAUGCAGGUGACUGGAGGCCGUAGCGAGGCGCCGGCUGUUCUGCUCGUUAUGGACAAAGGGAACGGUAUUGUCGACGCCUUCUGGUUCUAUUUCUAUAGCUUCAAUUUGGGAAAUGUGGUUCUCAACGUGCGAUUUGGCAACCACGUCGGUGAUUGGGAGCACUGUCUUGUACGAUUUCACCAUGGGAAACCCAAGGCGCUGUUCUUCAGUGCUCACUCUGCUGGAGAGGCGUAUAGCUAUGAGGCCGUCGAGAAGAUUGGGGAUCGGCCGGUUAUCUAUUCGGCAGCAGGCACCCAUGCCAUGUAUGCGACCCCGGGAGUUCACUCAUACAUUCUUCCUUGGGGUCUCCUCCACGACCGGACGGAUCGUGGUCCGCUCUGGGAUCCCCUGUUGAAUUCCCAUGCCUAUACAUAUGACUACGACAAUGAUACACUACGUGCGUCCACCACCAGCCCUGACGCGCCCACGGAAUGGUUCUAUUUCAACGGCCAUUGGGGCGACAAGUUCUAUCCCUUGGGAGAUCGUCGGCAGUACCGCUUUGCAGGCCAAUAUCAUUACGUGAAUGGGCCGUUGGGUCCUCGAUUCAAGCACCUUAAUCGCCGCAAGGUCUGUCAGGGCCCCGAUGGGGAUACGUGUGUGAUCAAGAACUAUAUAGGGGAAACGAAACGGGCCAAGCGCUGGGGCAGCUUCGUGUCCGGGACGGAAAGCCUGGUUUGA